AUGUGCAAAUCAAUCGGCUGGACUAUUGCCGAAUGGAAGGAGGCACAGACCAACUCGUCUUACGAGGAGGCCCGACAUCGACUGUUGGACCUCGUGGCCACCUUCAAGGACUACAAGCAUGGUGAUCCGGCUUGGAUCACUGUCGCCUCAACAGAGCAUAUCAACAAGCAAUGGAAGGAGCUUCAGUUGAUGAAGAAGAACCCAGAGUCCCUUCCCCUUUACGGAGUUCCUUUCGCUGUAAAGGACAACAUUGAUGUCAUCGACUUUCCCACAACCGCUGCAUGCCCCGCCUAUCUCUACAUCCCCAAGGAAGACGCCACCAUGGUCCGUCUGAUCAAAGAGGCUGGAGGUAUCGUUGUCGGCAAAACCAACCUCGAUCAGUUCGCUACUGGUCUGGUCGGAACCCGAUCUCCUUACGGAAAGACUCCCAACACCUUCUCCGACAAGCACGUAUCUGGAGGUUCGUCUGCUGGCUCUGCUUCCGUAGUCGCCCGAGGCCUGGUUCCCUUUUCUCUUGGAACAGAUACUGCAGGCUCAGGUCGGGUUCCCGCCUCUCUCAACAACCUGGUAGGCCUAAAGCCAACCGUUGGCGCAUUUUCAGCCAAGGGUGUGGUACCCGCCUGCAAGUCGCUUGAUUGCGUCUCCAUUUUCUCGCUGGUCCUGUCUGACGCUCAGCUGGUGUUCAACAUUGCCGCCCACUUUGACAAGGACGAUUGCUACUCGCGACGUUUCCCCCAGCGACCUCUCAAGUCGUUUGGCCCCACUCCAGUAUUUGCCGUCCCCGAAACCCCUCUGUGGUUUGGAGAUGAGCUCAACCCUGCUCUCUUCGACGACGCCGUUGAGCGUUUGCGACAACAGGGCGUAAAGGUCGUCAAGAUUGACUUCACUCCUCUGUUCGACCUCGCCAAGUGCCUCUACGAAGGUCCCUGGGUGGCUGAGCGAUACGCUGCCAUCAAGGACUUUGUGCAGAACCGAAAGGAAGACAUGGACGAAACUGUGUAUGGCAUUGUCAAGCAGGCUGAGAACUUCACUGCUGCAGACGCCUUUGCCUACGAGUACAAACGACGAGCCAUUGUGCGAAAGAUUGAGGAGAUCUUCUCUUCCAUUGACGGUCUGAUCGUGCCCACAUGUCCUCUAUUCCCCACCAUGGAGUCUGUGGCUAAGGAGCCUGUCACUGUCAAUGCCCACCAGGGUACCUACACCAACUUUGUCAACCUCGCUGAUCUCUCUGCUCUAGCUAUCCCUGUCGGAUUCCGAAAGGACGGUUUCCCCUUUGGAAUCACUCUCAUCUCUCAAAAGUUCAACGACUACGCUCUGCUGGACAUGGCUCAGAAGUUCCUGCCUGCUUCUCGACCUCUGGGUGCUCUGCCAAAGGACAAGUUCACCGCCAAGAAGGGAGAUCUUCUUGCCUCUUCUAUCGUCGACAACAUGCCUCGAACCAUCCCUCUGGCUGUUGUAGGAGCCCAUCUCACCGGCAUGCCUCUCAACUGGCAGCUUCAAAAGGUCGAGGCUACUCUUGCCCGACGAACCAAAACUGCCGACUACUACCGACUCUACGCUCUGGCGAACACCGUGCCUACAAAGCCUGGUCUCCGACGGGUUCUUCCCUCUGACACUACUCUCCGAGGCGAGGCUAUUGAGGUUGAAAUCUGGGACGUGCCUUACAGAAACUUUGGAGAGUUCGUAUCAAUGGUCCCUCAUCCUCUUGGUAUCGGAACCAUUGAGCUUGCCGACGGAAAAUGGGUCAAGGGUUUCAUUUGCGAGCAGCUGGGAUACGACGACGCUGAGGACAUCACCAAGUUUGGCGGCUGGAGAGCGUACAAGGCUGAGACUACCCAGAACCUGGAGUCCAAGCCUUUCGAGACUGUUCUGGUCGCCAACCGAGGUGAGAUUGCCGUUCGACUCAUCAAAACUCUUCGAAAGAUGGAUAUUCGAGCUGUGGCUGUCUUCUCCGAGCCUGAUCGGUUCGCUCAACAUGUUCUUGAUGCUGAUGACUCUGUGUCUCUGGAAGGUACCACUGCCGCCGAGACUUACUUGUCCAUCCCCAAGAUUAUCGCUGCUUGCAAGAAGACUGGAGCCCAAGCCAUUCUUCCUGGCUACGGUUUCCUGUCUGAGAAUGCUGACUUCUCCGACGCCUGUGCCGAGGCUGGUAUCGUAUUCAUUGGCCCCACUGGUGACUCCAUUCGAAAGCUCGGUCUCAAGCACUCUGCACGAGAGAUUGCUCUUGCUUCUGACGUGCCUCUUGUGCCCGGUACAGGCCUGAUCGAGACUGUUUCCGAGGCCUCCGAGGCUGCCGAGAAGCUCGAGUACCCCCUGAUGAUCAAGAGUACCGCUGGUGGAGGUGGUAUUGGUCUUCAGAAGGUCGACAAACCCGAGGAUCUCAAGCGGGCUUUUGAGACCGUCAAGCACCAAGGUAAGUCUUUCUUUGGAGACGAUGGUGUCUUCAUGGAGCGAUUUGUCGAGAAUGCUCGACACGUGGAGGUUCAGAUUCUUGGUGACGGCAAGGGCAACGCUCUCGCUAUUGGCGAGCGAGACUGUUCUCUUCAGCGACGAAACCAGAAGGUCGUCGAAGAGACUCCUGCCCCCAACUUCCCUGCUGAGACUCGAACUCGAAUGAUGAAGGCGUCCGAAAUGCUGGCAAAGAACCUCAACUAUCGAGGUGCCGGCACUGUGGAGUUCAUUUUCGAUGAGAAGCGAAACGAGUUCUACUUCCUUGAGGUUAACGCUCGUCUGCAGGUCGAGCAUCCCAUCACUGAGUCCGUCACUGGACUGGAUCUUGUCGAGUGGAUGAUUCUCAUUGGAGCUGGCAAGGCCCCAGACUUCGAGGCCCAGCGUGCCAAGACCCCCCAGGGUGCUUCUAUCGAGGCCCGUCUGUACGCCGAGAACCCCGUCAAGGACUUUGUGCCUUCUCCCGGUCAGCUCACCGACGUGCAGUUCCCUAGUGAUGCUCGAGUCGACACCUGGGUCAGCCGUGGAACCAAGAUCUCAGCAGAGUACGAUCCCACUCUUGCCAAGAUUAUUGUUCACGGCUCUGACCGAGCUGACGCCCUGCGAAAGCUCCAGAGAGCUCUGGACGAGACAGUGGUUGCCGGCGUGACCACCAACCUGGACUACCUUAAGUCCAUUGUCGGAUCUCAGAUGUUUGCCGAGGCCAAGGUGUCCACCCGAGUACUGGACUCUUACAACUACACUCCCAAUGCCAUUGAGAUCACUUCCCCCGGCUCCUACACCACUAUUCAGGAUUACCCCGGUCGAACCAAGCUGUGGCAUAUUGGUGUUCCUCCUUCUGGACCCAUGGAUGCCUACGCCUUCCGGGUGGCCAACCAGAUUGUGGGCAACCACCCCAAGGCUCCUGCUAUCGAAGCUACACUUGUGGGCCCCUCAAUUAUGUUCCACAGCGACACUGUGAUUGCCAUCACCGGUGGAUCUGCUGAGGCCACUCUUAAUGGUGAGCCCAUCGAGUUCUGGAAGCCUGUGACUGUCAAGGCUGGCCAGACUCUCGCAACUGGCCGUCUCACUUCUGGCUGCAGAUUGUACAUUGCGAUUCGAAACGGUCUGUCUAUUCCAGAGUACCUUGGUUCUCGAUCCACCUUCGCUCUCGGUAACCUUGGAGGCUUCAACGGUCGAACUCUCAAGUUUGGCGAUGUCAUUUUCAUGGGCGAGCCCGAGCUUCCCUCCUGCUCCAUUCCUGCUCCCAUCUCCGAGCAUGCUCCUGCCUCUGAUGACAUGAUCCCCAAGUAUGGCAACGCCUGGACUGUUGGAGUCACUUGCGGCCCUCACGGCUCGCCAGACUUUUUUGCUCACGGCUGGAUGGAUACCUUCUUCGAUGCCAAGUGGAAGAUCCAUUACAACUCCAACCGAUUUGGUGUUCGUCUGAUUGGCCCCAAGCCCGAGUGGGCUCGAAAGGAUGGAGGAGAGGCUGGUCUGCAUCCUUCCAACCAGCACGACUAUGUCUACUCUCUGGGUGCCAUCAAUUUCACCGGUGAUGAGCCUGUCAUUCUGACCUGCGAUGGUCCUUCUCUCGGUGGCUUUGUCUGUGCUGCUGUUGUUGUAGAGGCCGAGCUGUGGAAGAUUGGCCAGGUCAAGCCCGGAGACACUGUGCAGUUUGUGCCCAUGACUAUUGACUCUGCUCGACAGCUCAAGAAGGCCCAGGACAGAACCAUUACCAACCUGUGCGGUUCCCCGUACGAGUCUGUUGAUGCUCUUCUCGCUCUGGAGGAUUACGAGAACCCCAUCAUCUACACCGUCCCUGCCUCUACCUCCACUCCUCGAGUCGUCUACCGACAGGCUGGAGACCGAUACAUUCUGGUCGAGUACGGUGACAACAACAUGGACAUUAACCUGUCCUAUCGAAUCCAUCGGCUCAUUGAGGAAGCUCAGCAGUCUAUCAAGGGCAUUGUCGAAAUGUCUCGAGGUGUUCGUUCUGUGCUGAUCGAGUUCCAUCCUUCUGCCUCUCGAUCCACUCUCAUGCAGGCUUUGGUCGACUUUGAGAAGCGACUUCAGUUUGUCGAGACCUGGCAGGUUCCCUCUCGAAUUAUUCGACUGCCGAUGUGCUUUGAGGACUCCAAGACCCUGGACGCUGUCAAACGGUACCAGGAGACCAUUCGGUCAAAGGCUCCCUGGCUUCCCAACAACGUCGACUUCAUUCGAGACGUCAACAAGUUCUCCGACCGAUCUCAGGUCCGAGACAUUGUCUACACUGCCCGAUUCCUGGUUCUGGGUCUUGGAGACGUGUUCCUUGGUGCUCCUUGCGCGGUACCUCUUGAUCCCCGACACAGACUGCUUGGAACAAAGUACAAUCCCUCUCGAACCUACACUCCCAACGGCACUGUCGGAAUUGGAGGAAUGUACAUGUGUAUCUACACCAUGGAAUCUCCUGGAGGCUACCAGUUGGUUGGUCGAACUAUCCCCAUCUGGGACAAGCUGUCUCUCGGCCAGGACCGACCUUGGCUGCUGUCACCCUUCGACCAGAUUGAGUACUACCCCGUCGACGAGGAGGAGCUCAACCACAUUACCACCGAGGUGGAGAACGGUCGAUAUGCUGUGGAGAUGGAGCAGUCCGUCUUUGAUUAUGGCAAGUAUUCUGCCUGGCUCAAGGACAACUCUAAGUCCAUUGAGGCUCACAUUGCUUCUCAGGCAGAGGGUCUGGACGACUUCGCCAACCUGAUCAAGGUCGCCAACGAGGAUCUGGCCUCUGGAAAGACUGGAGCCACCAAGGAGGAGACUCCUCUGUCGGCCUCUGCCGUCCAGGUCUUCUCCGAGGUCACUGGCCGUUUCUGGAAGGGCCUGGUUGCCGUCGGAGAUACUGUUGACAAGGGCCAGGGUAUCGUUGUGGUGGAGGCCAUGAAGACCGAGAUGGUCGUCAACGCCCCUGUUGCUGGAAAGGUUGUCAAGUUGUACAACACCAAUGGAGAUAUGGUGGAUACUGGAGAUUGUGUGGCUGUCAUCGAGCCCAUUGUUUAA